GAAAUAGUCCCGGCCUCGGCGGACGGAUCCGCUGUCAUUGGUCGGCGCGGUGCUGUGAUUGGCUGAGGCGCGGAUUCGCGGGGAAGCCGGGAGUAGAGCGCAGAGCCCGGGACAGUCAGGAGCCGCCGCGUCUUCCGGGCAUUGAUGGGCGCUGCGAGGAGCCGCAGCCGUCGGUGAGGAGCGGGACAUGCUUCCCAGCCAGGCCGGGGCCUCCUCGGGGAACGGUUCGUCUCUAGGCCGGAUCCCCGGGAUGGCGCUGCCUCGCAGGACCGGGAACGGAGGCUCUCCGGGCCGGGGGAGGCCGCAGGGGCUGCCCCGCUAUGAGGGGACUCCGGGCGGCGGGGCCGGGUGCAGCGGCAGUGAAGCCACCUCCGACUCCGGGGAGGACGACGAGUCUCCGGCCGUGUCCCGGGGGGUGAAGCGCGGGCUGACAGAGCUGGAGCUCGGGGGCCCGGAGCCGGGGGCCCUCGGGGCUGUCGCUGGAGGGUAUCCUGGGGCCAGCGGCAGUGUGUCCGGGGCCAAACCGGGCAAGAAGACCCGGGGCCGCGUCAAGAUCAAGAUGGAGUUUAUCGAUAACAAGCUGCGGAGGUACACGACGUUCAGCAAGAGGAAGACGGGCAUCAUGAAGAAGGCGUACGAGUUGUCCACGCUGACGGGGACGCAGGUCCUGCUGCUGGUGGCCAGUGAGACUGGACACGUCUACACCUUUGCCACAAGGAAACUUCAGCCAAUGAUCACCAGUGAGACGGGGAAAGCGUUAAUCCAGACUUGUCUGAACUCUCCGGACUCUCCCCCUCGCUCGGACCCCUCCACUGACCAGCGCAUGAGUGCAACUGGCUUCGAAGAGACGGACCUCACCUACCAAGUGUCCGAGUCUGAUAGCAGUGGAGAAACCAAGGACUCUCUGAAGCCGGCGUUCACAGUGUCCAGCCUUCCCGGCACGUCCAGCAUCCAGACUGCGCCCACCACAUCCACCUCCAUGCAGGUCACCAGCGGGCACAGCUUCCCCAUCACCAACUACUUGGCCCCUGUCACCAGCGCCAAUGGAACCAUCCUGAAGACUGAGGGCGGAGUCAUGAGCUCGGGGGGUCUCAUGCAGCUGCCCACCGGCUUCACCCUGAUGUCUGCAGGGGGCGCUGUGGCCCAGCAGCUUCCAGUGCAGGCGAUCCAGGUGCACCCCGCCACCCAGGCGUCCCCGUCCAGUGACAGCAGCUCCGACCUGGUGCAGACCUCAUCGAGUGGAACAGUGACCCUCCCUGCUGCUAUCAUGACCUCCUCUGUGCCCACGACCGUCAGCGGCCACAUGAUGUACCCCAGCCCCCAUGCCGUCAUGUAUGCUCCCACUCAGGGUUUGACCGACGGGAGCCUGGCAGUGCUCAAUGCCUUCUCCUCGGGGGCCCCGAUGCAGGUGUCCCACUCCCAGGAUCAGGGUGGCGUGCAGCAGGUUUUCCUCACCGCGCCGUCCGGCACUGUCCAGAUUCCAGUCUCCGCAGUGCAGCUCCACCAGAUGGCGGUAAUCGGGCAGCAAUCUGGCAGCAGUAACCUGACCGAGCUCCAAGUGGUCAACCUGGAGACGUCGCACAACAGCAAGAACGAGUGAGGGGGCGCGGAGCGCGCCGCCGGCCCCGCACCAUAGACUGCGCCACUUAUUUAUUAUUAUCCAUGCCUUUUCACUUUUUGUUUUCGUAUCUUCUUCCCUGCGGGGUCCGUGUGCGCAUCCCACCCAAAGAUCUCAGAGUCUGGGGGUCCGGAGCCCCCUCCACCUUGGCGUGGCCCCUGGGAUAUGAGAUGGCGUUUUGCACUGAAUGUGACGGGAGUACAGGAUAUCGCUAUAUACUGUUAUUUGGGGGAGGGGAGCCCCCGCCCAGAGAAAUCCUCUUUAUUUUUCUAAAUCUGAAUCCUCAGUAUUUAUGUAAAAAGGGGGGGGGGGGGGGGGGGGGGGUGUUUGGCCUGUGACUUGGGGGGGAGGGGCGCGGGGUCCGGCCUGUGACUUGGGGGGGAGGGGCGCGGGGUCCGGCCUGUGACUUGGGGGGGAGGGGCAAUAAUAUUUAUCAGCUUUUUAAAACAGAAGAAAAGAAAAAAAAAAUCAGUGCUCAUUAACCCUCUCCUGGCCAGACCCAGAGCAAUGUGCCAUUGUUAACCCUUAGUUCUCUGGGGUUGUGUUCUAGCAGCGGUCAGUAUUUGGAAGCCUUUCGGAUCACGUGUACUGUAAUUCUGGGCCCCGCGGUCUGUCCUCGGAUC